AAUUAAUGUAUGAUGAAGCUGACGGGGACUAUGUUGAAUAGACACCUUCAGAUGAUGGGCUGGAGGAUGUGGAAGUCAUUGUGAAUAAGGAAAAGCAAUAUCAACAGGAAUUGCUGCAAGUGCUAAAGUAGAAGGAGGGCGUACAUCAGGAAUUACGACAGGAAUUAGGAGAUAUCAAGAGCAAAAUAUAGCAAAUCUAAUUAAAGUGUAUUAGAGAGUGAUUGAUAAAUAGAAUACCAGGAGGAAAGUCCAAUGGUUGAUCCGUAUCUGAGGGAGUAUCUGUAGGAAUUGGGCGAAUAACAAUUAUUCGAUUUGGAGUCUUAGAGACAGGAAUUAAAGGGGGAGAAGCAAGGCAAAAUUGAAUAGUUGAGAUAAUUACAAUAGGCUAAGAAUUAAAUAAAAUUAUUCUUUACAUAAACUGAGAUUUCAAGUCAUUUACAAAUUUCUUACAAAAAUAUGUUAGAGAAUCUAAAUUAAGAGUUGUUCUAAUACAUGUAAGAAAGAGCAGACUUGGAAGACGAAUAAUUUGAGUUUGACAAACGACUCAAGUCUCUUAGAUCCUAAAUUAGAGUAUGAUAUGUAUAUUCUAUAAGUUUAGGAAGUAACAGAGAAGAAUCAAAAGAUUAUUCAAUAGAUAGAGAAUAGCAAAUAAAUUGAAUGA